AUGGCCACGUCUGAAAAGCCCCAAGUAGCCACCGUCGAGAGCACGAAUAGCUCGGACAUUGCCAAGGGUGAUGGCGGUGCUGGUGCAGAAGGUCCAGGUAUUUACUACGAUAGCCAUGGACUUCCCCUUGUUCCACAACCGUCAGACGAUCCUCUGGAUCCAUUGAAUUGGAAGCCUUGGGUCAAGCUGGUGGUUCUUACCGAGGUUUCGCUUUUGUCGUUUCUGGCUCUCUUGAGCGCGUCUUUGAUAACACCAGCUUUCGUACCUCUCUCGCACUUCCUCCAUCGAGGCCUCGUACAGACAGCCUUCGUCACCAGCACCUUCAUCGCAUGCGUAGGCGUGUCUACGAUCGUGUGGAAUCCAAUAUCCAAUGUCUACGGGCGGCGACCUGUGUACAUCAUAACGGUUGCAAUGAGCAUAGCUAUGUCUGUGGCAUCUGGCAAAUCAAAGGAUUUUGGACAGAUCUUGACAUUCCGCGCCCUGAACGGUUUCUUCGGCGGCGUCCCGCUGGGACUCGGCAGUGCCACGGUCUGUGAUCUGUUCUUUACGCACGAACGAGGGUUCUACAUGGGGAUAUACACCGUCUCAUUCAUCCUUGGAGGCCACGUCGCUCCGAUAAUCGGUGGUUACAUCGAAAAGAACUUGACGUGGCACUGGUGCUUCUACGUUCCGGCGAUCCUCACUGCGGCAGUCCUCAUCCUCUUCACAUUCACUGUCCCAGAAACACUCUAUUCCCGUGCUCCUGAAGCGCUUGCACGGCCACGACGAGGUUGGCGUGAAAACAUGCUGAUGCAGCGCAAGGCCCAUCCUACACGGCGGUUGCGUGUCAUCGACUUCUUCAGACCAAUUCAGAUGCUUCAGUACCCGAGCGUGCUUCUUCCCACCAUGUCCUAUGCAGUAUCGUUCGCAUAUGGCAGUAUUCUAUUCAUCAUCACCAGCGCAAACCUGUUCGGCAAAGCCUACCACUUCAAGCCUCAGCAGACUGGACUCUUACUCGGAAUCCCCAUCACGAUCGGAAGUAUCAUCGGCGAGGCCAUGUCAGGCGGCUUCUCGGACUGGGUGAGCGAGAGGAGGGCACUACGCAGAGGUGGACAACGGAAGCCGGAAGAUAGACUUCUCGCAAUAUUUCCAGCUUUCGUACUCACACCGGUCGGCAUCAUUAUCGAAGGCGUCUGUCUCGAGCGGAAGACGCACUGGAUCGGCGUGGCAUUUGGGAUCGCACUCUCCAGCGUUGGAUUGCAGAUCUCCACGACCGUCGUCUACACAUAUACCGCGGAGUGCUACAAACCUCAAUCCCCAGAGAUCGGCUCACUGCUCAACUUUACGAGACAGAUGUACUCGUUCGCUAUGGGCUUCUAUGCGAUCCCAUGGGCCGAGAGAAUCGGCGUGCUGAAUGCGUGGGUUGCAAUGGCGUUUAUUGAUGUGGCUUUCUUCCUGCCGCUUCUCCUACUGCUCUUCAAUGGAGAGGAGUGGCGAGUGCGGCUGGGAGAACCCAAUUUCCAUAAAGAUCUGUGA